UCACCAAACCAAAUGGGGGGCAAAAAUAAAUGUGGUACUUUUUAUUCAUACAACGAAUUUAUCUGUGUUUAUAUAUAUUUAUCAUGUUUUUCGUCGUGACUGUGCAUUUAAAGGGAAAUGUACUCUUUUGUCCCUACCGGCUUUCCAUCGUACUGAAUACUAGCUACCUCCUAGCAAGCAGACGUUAGCAGUUUUCAGGUGAAAGUAGACUUGAAUCAACUUUUCUAAACAUCUCCUCUCUUCCACGCAAGUGUCCCAGCUUUUUUAGUAAGCAACAUAAACAACAAUUCCAAGCCCACUGUCACAUCUUAUCAUCGCCUAGCUCUCCCUUUUAAUCAGAUUUGGGUUCCUCAAUGGCAACCAUCAUGGUCCCCACUACUGCAUCACGCUUCGCCCUGCUUCAAAUCGACUCAGACUCCGACUCGGAUGUCUCUGAACCCGGUAAGAUUGCAAAUAAACCCGGGAGGACCUCCUCCGGGAAGCAGCGUUCGGACAAAACAGGGGGAGGCAAAGCCACUCAGAGCAACGAUAAAAAGAAAGACAAGAGGAAGAAGAGGAAGGAACAGCAGCAAAGUGAAGCUAAUGAGCUACGCAAUCUGGCCUUCAAGAAGAUUCCGCAAAAGUCCCAAGGCCCGAAUCCCUCAAUGACCCUGUCAGGAAUUGCCAGCGACCUUCUAAGUCCAUCAGGAGUGGACCACAACAAUGCUCCAUCGCAGGGGUGGCAGCAGUGGAAGCAAAGGGACGAACAGAUGACCACUGAGCUCUACGAGGCCGACUUAGAGAAGGCUUUGAUGCUAAGCAAACUGGAGUACGAGCAACAGAAACAGCAGAGCAGCACCAAUAACACAUCGUCGCCGAAGUCUCGAAGCGGCAAAGAUGGCGGCGGCAAGAAGGACAAAAAGAAGAACCCGCACCCCAAAGACAAAAAGACCGUCUCGCUGCAAGACUUCCAAGCUGAAGGGAGCGGAGAACCUUUGAGUCGAAGACAAGAGAAAGAGGAAGCCGUAGCCGCCACGUCAGCUCUGAGGCUGGGCCAGGAGGAGCGUUUCUUCAACAAACUGACAGACGACGUGAAUCGAAUAAUUCAGCGGGAAAAGAGACGUGAGCAGUACAGCAGCGCACACGGGCAAGAAGGCGAUGCCUCAGCGGAACAUGAGCCGGACCCUCGAGCAGAACAGCUGAAGUACGAGCUGGAGAAGAAGGACCGGGAGAUCCAGGAGCUAAAGAAGACCAUCACACAAUGGGAGGUGAAAUACAAGGAGGUGAAAGCAAGAAACGGGCAGCUCCUUAAGAUGCUCCAACAAGGAGAGAUGAAGGACAAAGCGGAGAUCUUGCUGCAGGUGGAGGAGCUGCUGCAUAUCAAAGAGGAGCUCUCGUCACAGGUGACUUUACUACACGCCGCCCUGGAACAAGAGCGAUCUAAGCUCAAAGGUCUGCAGUCAGAGCAGCCCAAACAUCAGGGAAACAAGAGAGGGAAGAAAGGUUCCGAGGCCGCUGAUCUGUGAUAGCAGCGUAUUUAGCAAAUGAAGACAUACUUGUUUUUUUUUUUGUUAUAUUGGACUGAGUGCAUGCCCCUGUUUUAAACACACACACACACGUUGUGCUUCAAUGGCAAAUGGUUCAAUGCUGCCCUCUUUAGGCAACAAAAGGUGACGUAGCGACAGGAGUGCCUGACAUCAAUCUGUGGGUUCCAAAAAUGCCAAAAUUGUUGAGAAAAAGAAUAACGGAAUCAUUUUUUGUUUGUCCACUGUUAAGUC